UUUAAUUAAAAAAUUUUAACCUUCAAUUACUUUCAAAAAUAUUUAGUUGCUGUUGGUGACCAUCUGACUCGCUCGCUCAGUGUCUGUGUCCUUCUCCUUCCUUCCUUCCUUCCUUCCUUUCCCACCCACAGCCGUCUUCUCUUCAUUUUGUUUCAGAGUCUCCUCGUCCUCCUCCUCCUUUCGUGUCGUGUUGCGUCGUUGCAAGCCAGCCUGCUCCAUCGAUCCAUCGUCAUUUCUCCCCUCCAUCAUAUCACUUGAACACACUACUUGCAUUGAGCUCGCUCCCUCACUCCAACAGCUAAGCUAGCACAGCCCAGCUUCACCUUCCCCCACUGAUUCCAUCCGACGAUGCAUCCUUGUGCGCCUAACUUCUUCCUCCUACCACUCCUUCCCUUGGUCCUGCUGCCGCUCGCCUUGGCCUCCUCCGACAUCGCCCUCCUCCUCGCCAAGGUCAAGCCCGCGCUGCAGGGCGCCUCCACCACCACCAACGCCCAGCUCGCCACCUGGAACGCCUCCACGCCCCUCUGCCUCUGGCGCGGCCUCCGCUGGUCCACACCCGACGGCCUCCCGCUCCGCUGCGACAAGGCCGCUGCGCGGGCCAACCUCUCCCUCGCCUCCGACCCCGCCCUCCUCCUCACAUCCAUCCGCCUCCCCGCCGCCUCGCUCGCCGGACGCCUCCCGCCGGACCUCGGCGCCUUCUCCGCACUCGAAUACCUCUACCUCGCCGCCAACUCCCUCUCCGGCGCUGUCCCGCUCGAGCUUGGCAACGCGCCCGCGCUCUCUGCCCUCGACCUCGCCGGGAACGACCUCUCCGGCGCGCUCCCGACCUCCACAUGGAACCUAUGCGACCGCAUCAUCGAGCUACGCCUCCACGGCAACGCCCUCACCGGAGCCAUCCCCGCACCGGUCGGGCCCAACACAACCUGCGACCGCCUCCGCGUCCUUGACCUCGGUGCCAACCGCUUCGCCGGCGAGUUCCCCACCUUCGUCACAGCAUUCCGCGGCCUCCAGCGCCUCGACCUCGGCGGAAACCGCCUGUCCGGACCCAUCCCUGGCCCCCUCGCAGGGAUGGCAGGACACUUCCAGGCGCUCAACCUCUCCUACAACAACUUCUCCGGCCAGCUUCCCCCGGGCUUCGCGGACUCCCGCUUCACCGCGGAGUCGUUUCUUGGCAACAACCCGGAGCUGUGCGGCCCGCCGCUGCGCCAGUGCGUGUCGGCUUCCGGUCUCAGCUCCCGCGGCGUCGCCGGGAUGGUCAUCGGCCUCUUGGCCGGCGCCGUCGUCGUGGCGUCGGUGUGCAUCGGGUGGGCGCAGGGGAGGUGGAGGCGGAACAGGAUAAGGAGGCGCGCGGCGGCUGAAGGGGAGGCCGAGAUGCUCGAGUACGCAGAGGAUGACGCGGCGGAGGGGAGGCUGGUGGUGUUCGAGGGCGGCGAACACCUGACGCUGGAGGAGGUGCUGAACGCGACGGGCCAGGUGAUGGAAAAGGCGAGCUACUGCACGGUGUACAAGGCGAAGCUGGCGGGCGGAGGGGGCAGCAUCGAGCUCCGGCUGUUGCGCGAGGGCAGCUGCAAGGACGCGGCGUCGUGCGCGCCGGUGGUGCGGCGCAUCGGGCGGGCGCGGCACGAGAACCUGGUGCCGCUGCGGGCCUUCUACCAGGGGAGGCGCGGCGAGAAGCUGCUGGUGUACGACUACUUCCCGCGCAGCAGGACGCUCCAGGAGCUCCUACACGGCGGCGAGGGGCGGCCAGCGCUGACGUGGGCGCGGCGGCACAAGGUCGCGCUUGGCGCGGCGCGCGCGCUAGCGUACCUGCACGCGGGGCAGGGCGAGGCGCACGGCAACGUGCGGUCGUCGAACGUGGUGGUGGACGAGCUGUUCGUGGCACGGCUGGCGGAGUACGCGGUGGACCGGCUGCUGGUGCCGGCAGCGGAGGAGGCGGUGCUGGCGACGGCGAAGGGGAACGGGUACAAGGCCCCGGAGCUGCAGUCGAUGAAGAAGUGCAGCGCGCGCACGGACGUGUACGCGUUCGGGAUACUGCUACUGGAGCUGCUGAUGGGGAGGAAGCCAUGUGGCUCUGGAGGGACGAGGGGGAGGGUGAUGAAUGAUCUGCCGUCGGUGGUGAAGGUGGCGGUGCUUGAGGAGACGGCGUUGGAGGAGGUGCUGGACGCGGAGGUGGUGAAGGGGUUGCGAAACAGUCCGGCAGAGGAGGGGCUGGUGCAGGCGCUAAAGCUGGCGAUGGGGUGCUGCGCGCCGGUGGCGUCGGCUCGGCCGAGCAUGGCGGAGGUGGUGCGGCAGCUGGAGGAAAGCCGGCCCAAGAACCAGCACCCGCGGUCGGCGCUGUACAGCCCCACGGAGAGCAGGAGCGACGCCGGCACGCCCACCACGGCCUAGCUGCACCGCCACGAGUGGAGUGGAUGUGGAUCGGAUCAUCUGAACGCAUACUGCCGCCUGCGCGCGUCCGUCGUCGUAUGUAAUAUGCAUCUGCUUAUUACUCCUGUUAGCCGGUACUGUAGUAGCAAGCUAAGUGUAGUAAGAACAACCCAAACUUUUUAAUUCUUGAGCCUGAUAUCCAAUUAUAUUAUUACUAGGAUGAAAUGCAAGGUCUCUCUCACUCUCUCCUGUCCUACCUAUUAUAUGUUUGUAAUAUUUGGAAUUUUGGAUUACGAAACAAACAAAUACAAAAGUUUGAUCGGGA